GGUUGUUUAGAAGAAACAUCAUUUCACUUAUUCUCUAUUGUAUUUCUUCACUCUCUCGUCGUUGGGUCAUUUUGUUUUCUUUCUUUGAAGAUGAGUGGUGUUAUCGAAGGAGACUCUGUAUCCAUUGGCAUGCUCAAUCAAUUGCAGGCUCAGUUCGCCAAAGACAGAGAUUGGGAUCAAUAUCAUACCCCAAGGAACCUUCUCUUAGCUAUGGUGGGUGAAGUAGGAGAAUUAUCUGAGAUAUUUCAGUGGAAAGGUGAGGUUAAAAGGGGACUUCCAGAUUGGAAAGAGGAAGAAAAAGUUCAUCUUGGUGAAGAGCUUUCUGAUGUAUUGCUUUACCUUCUUAGGCUCUCUGAUAUAUGUGGUGUUGAUCUUGGCAAAGCUGUUCUGAGAAAACUUGAACUCAAUGCUAUUAAAUAUCCAGCAAAAGCUAGAAAAGAUAUCAAAAAAAAGGAAGAUGAAAUUGAAAAGUCUACCCCAGUUGAUAAUGGUACUGAUUGAAAGGAACUUUUGUAUAAUGAUUGAAACUGGUAUUUGAAUGUGUCUAGGUACUUUUGUUUGUCCACAGAUUUUGUUACUGUUUAGGAAGAAUGAUAUGUUUUUUACUGAUUUGAGAUGAGAUAUUAACUCUUCUUUAUCCAUUUUGACUUUUAAAUUUUGGGGUGAUGGAUAAUUAGAAAUGUGGGUUUUCUUCAAUUUGAUUGCAAUUGUCUAUUUUUUCAUCUUUCA